AUGACCGUCGCUCUCGCUCCGUACUCCCACGACUAUUUCCAAAGCCUUCCGAAUCUUAACACUGCGCGAGACGCCUUCAUCGAGUCGGAUGGCCCGAAACUGGUCGAGGAAAUCUUCAGACCCCUCUUCACUAACAGCGGCAUGGAUCGCCAUUUCGGGCUGGCCAUGAUGCACCGUCACUCCAAUCUCCGUGCUGGGCAGAUUAUGGUCACUUACAACAACACAUCGACUCCUUGGAACGCGACUCCUGGUGAGGGGAUGGAUAAGCCCCAACCAAUGAUUCUGGGGCUUUCCCCCGAGGGGAAGUUGGUGCCAACAGAGUUCCGGUACUCAAAAGGGCACAAACUUGAGAUCGGAGAAAAGGAACUUGCCUUCGCAGCCAAACUCAUGGCAGAGCUUGACAAAUUGGGUCUGAGGCAGCUGUUCGGCUUACGCGAGUACCCUGGGGAUGACUUUGAGGGUACAUGUGAGAUCACUGAGGGCCUAGCCAACAUCAACCUGAAGCCGAAAGAUUAUCCCGAUGGCUUGGUGCAGACGGACACUGCUUGGUACUUCUCUGAAACAAUCAGAAAGCGAGGAUGCAGAUGCACUUGCGAUAACCGCACCGACCCCCAUGGUCAUGGCGCUCAUGUUAUCACACAGUCUGGUUAGACUCCCAACUAAUGACAGCGAUGCGUCCUUAUCAGGGAAGAGGAUGGACUGGCUUUCGCGGACUAGGAUGGAUGCAUGACAAUGUUUGCCAUGCUAUUCGCUCAUGGAGUUUCUUCAGCAUGGACAUAACCUAGCGGCUUGUGGGAUUCAAUUGCAUUCAUUCAUG